AUGGAAGAGCGUCGGCGACAGCGAAAGGACAGCGCUUCCGAAAUCAACCAGAACGAAGACCCGAGUUUCAAAAACGGCGUGCAUACACUUAGGCGAGCAGGUGCUCGAAAAGAAUACUUACAAGAUGUAUAUCUCGAGGUCCCGCGCACGCCAACAGUGUUCACUAUUGGCCCGCAUAGCGAUCUAGACUGGCUCAGGUUCUCGUACUUGCUCCGCAACAACCAACUAAAUUUCGACGAUAUCACGGAGCUCGUAUCGCGAUAUUCGCUUGACGAUGGCGACCUCCUUCUGAACGAUAUCGCGCAACAUAGCCUCUCGGUCGACCAUCAGCCAAACGUACGUAACAGUACAUCGUGGUCGUCUGUACGUCAACCAGGAGUUACCGAAUGGGACGUUUCCUCUGGUCAUGGAGACAGUCAGGCGUCAACACUAAGUGUUAGAAAUAGCGGAAGUACAACCGGGGAGACAAGCUGCGGAGCAGAAAACCAGAGUUCAAUCGGCAUUGAACCAUUUUACCAUGAGCCAGACGAGACACAGAAUCUUCCUGGAGACGGACAGACCGGCGAGAUGGAACAGCUAGCCAUCAGGGUGAGAGGUUCCGGAUAUUUGGACCAGUCUCAUCACGAAUGUUACAGCAAUGAGCCGGACGCGUCUCAAUCAUGCUUCUCUUCUGAUUCGUCGAUUGAUUCCACCGACUUUUCGAAACCGGAAGUCGAUGUUACAGCAGCCAGAACAAGACCGACUGCAUUGUCCUGGUGGAGGCCAAAAAGGAAGUACGAUGAAAUCCAUGAAGUCACAAGGGCUGCGAGCAUUCCCAAUUUUCAAGAAUAUCCAGUCGGACUCUGGAAGAGGAUAAGCAAAAAGACGUCGAAUCACUUGCUGAACACGAAUCCAAAGGACGAGGUGGACCGGAAGCUGCAAGCCAAACUCUCCAAGAUCGAACAUUCCUCGUUGCGAGCUUCCCGCGUGAGUGAGGGAUAUGUCAAUCGCGACAGCCACUGUCACCUGGCACACAGAAAGCAGACCGCUGCCCCAAAUGUCCAGUCAGAUUUCUCUACCUCGUCCCACAUCUUCAGCGCAAUGAACCCCCUCAACAGCCCUCGCGCAAGCCAAAGUAUGGCGAACAACACCACUAAAUCCCAAAGAGGUAGCCGCAACAGCCCUGCCAUGCUUACCAAAUCGAGACCCUCCAGUAGCACCCACUCUACCAAGGUUGCCCCGCACGGUAUCCACUCAGUGCACCGCCCCUACAAGCCCAGUCCUCUGAAGCACUUUACUCGAGUCAAAUCACUGGAUGUAAACAAAGAGCUUCCACCAUUGCCUCCUGAAGCACGACGACUCGCGCACCAGGCUUCAAAGGGAACGUUGAAGGAAGUUGCUGCUGCUGUGAGGAAAGUAGCUAUUCGAAAUGUGGUUCAUGAGUACGUAAAUGAAAUGGAAAGGGCGUAUUGA